ACACAACAAUUUGAAAGGUGAGAAAGUCUCAGCCAGUACUCGAGCCAGGGAAGCAUUAAUUGUUUUGUUGGGCUUAAAUAGACGCGAUAGCUUUGUCUUGUCGGUUUGUUGCCUCUCUUUUAUCAUCAUCAUCAACCUUCUUGUAUUCGCUGGCAAAACACUGGCUGAAAAAGCUACUCAGGUAAGACAAAACUCGUGUUUCUAGCCAGCUUUCCUUCGUACGAGGCUGAGCACCCAAUUGUAUUCUUAUUAGAAGCCAAAAAAUUAAUAUCUUUGCAUCCUUUUGUUGUUUAGAAGAUAUAGUUCGCUGUUUCAAUAUUGGGAAAGAGACUUAAACGGCAGUUUAUCCAACGAAAGAGUAAGGUAUUGUAGUAGAGUUUUUCGCUAAUACUGUAUCGAAGUAUUUAGGAGAAAAGACUUUCUUUGGACAAGGAAAAUUAUUAUGAAAUUGUGUGGAACACUGGAACAACGUAAUAUAACCUCAAUUCAUGCAUUACGUUGUUCGUAUAUUUUGAAUAUUUUCUUUAUAUUUCUCGUGAAAUAUGGUAUCAGAAUUCAUCGCUUUUUGUUUAAAAUUGUAGCACGAGUUCACUUGCGAGGAAUUCAUAUCUAUUCCGUGAUGUUUCACCUAUUUAAUACGACUUGUGUUAAUUUUUUGUUUGAUUAAUAUGUUUUGUGUGACGCAGUAUAUUUUCCCUACUUUAUCAUAAAAAAUGUAGAAAAUUUUAUAUAUCUUUAGUGAAAUAUUUAGCUUACAGACACAUGAUUCAGCUGGGUAAUAUUUCUGUAAAAAUUUAACUGUGGUAUUUGGCCGAAAUUGGCCCAUCUCCAAGCCAAAUAUAUUACAAAAUGGGGCUUUAGUGUGGGCCAUGGGGUAGAUAUGAGAAACCAUUAUUUCAUGGACAAUGAUAACCUUCAGCCUGAAAAUCUCUCUUUGAAAUUUAGAGCAAUUACACCCAUCAUCAGUGGAGUCGACUCACUCUAUUAGCCCCACUCACAAGAUACGACUAGUUGUAUACGAUUGUCAUUCUGGCGUAUGGAAGUUUACGACUUCUGACGCCACUAUUUCUGGUGAUCAGUUUACCACGAAAUUUGAAAUGUGUCAUCUUUACACAAAUUUUUUUGAGUACUUAUGCCACGACUAGUCAUAUUGUGUAGACGGGACCUCCAUAAUUCUUCCUUUGAAGAGCCCGUGUUCACAAUUUUAACAAUUACGAUACUGAUGAAGUACCUUGAUCAAAAUGGUGAACUUGAAUGUUUAGUAUGUGCCGUUGUCAGGCAAGAUAGUAACUCCAACACUCUUGCUGAGAACAGCUUUCCUCUAACACUACAGAUGUGGAGUCUGGUAGAAAUACCCUAAACUUCCUAAUAUAAGCCCUGGGCUUAUAGUUGUUUAUAAGCAUUUUUUGAUGGGCUUAUACAUGGGUGGGCUUAUACAACAUUUGGUGUUAGUAAUAAUAUUUAUUGCAGCUAUAAACUACAGUAUACUGUGAACAAAAAGAAAUAUAAACAUACAGUGUAUUAUACUAUUAUAGUCUAUAUUUAAAGAUGUGGUACAGUCUGUAUGUAAAUAAAGGCUUUGUUUACAUUUCGGUAUCCAAAAUAUUGAAUUUUAUUCGACAACUAUUUAUAUUUUCAUGAUUCUAGAGUAUAACAAAUUAUGAAGACACAACAAUCAAGCUUUGCAAGAACAUAAAAUGAAAUAAAAACCUAAAUAAACUGUUAGUAAAUAACAAGAGGGCUCCUUUGUGCACAUGCGCAGAUCGGACUGUACCGCAUAUUUAAAACAAGUUGGUUAAUUAACAUAUUGUGGUACUGUAAUGUAAUUAUUGUCACUCUUCUGAGCUGUUGGAAUCCCCAUCACUGCGUUAAUAAAUACCUGUAUAAUAAUAAGCCCAAGGGCUUAUACACGAGGCCAGGGCUUAUAUUCAGGUGGGCUUAUAUUCAGGUGGGCUUAUACUUGGAGAAAUGCCAUUUCCGGUAUCAAAGUGGUUUUAAUUAAGUAAACCCUUUAACUGGCAAUGCGUCCGCCUUUAAGUGGCAAUGAUGUACCUUACUUUAUAGUUUAUUAUUUUACUCUGUCUAACACCAGACGAUUUUACUCAUCAAGCUGCCCCUCAAUGGGUUAAUCUAGUUAUUUUAGGCCAAGAAUUAUCGACAUAAUUUACAUGAUUUGGAUGAUGGGCUCAGUAUCCAUUUUUUGUUUCCAUCCCUUAGUGUCUUUUAUGACUACAGUACCUGUAUCCCUGGUUAUGCAUGGUUCAAUUCUUCCUAUAACCAUCCCCCCGGCCACCGCCUGGAAUUUGCAGAUUUUUUAUUUCAAAAGUGUAAAUUCCCCACCCCCGGGCAAAUAAAAAAGACAAUUCCCCACCCCGGGAACAAUAUUGGCUAUUGCGUUCGGUUUAUUUUCAUGAUCAGUAUAUUAAAUAGUGUGCUUAUAGGAAAGUGAAGUUUUGACAAAAGGAUAUCGCCCAAAAGUUAGCUGAUGAAUACUAAACUUUGGUGGUGUUUUUCGUUAUAACUUUUGUAUAGGAAAGUAAUAGAAUUAAAGAACCUCUGGUUUCUUCGUCGGAAAAAUUAAUUGAGGUAUGCUAACUUUUGCGUAAUGUUUGUGCUAUCAAAAACGUUGCUUUCCUAGGAUCAUUAUUAAAAAGAACAGUAUAAACGGCAGAGAUUGCAACUGGUGGUUUUAGCAAGAUUUUCCCCUUUAACCAGUUGCAGACAUACUCGAAAUUGUUUCCAGUAAAAUAUUCCGCUGCCAUCUUUGAUAGUUCUUGAGGAAAACAGCUUCUCGCGGGUUCACAGGCUAAGUCCAACCCAUUGCAUGCGGGCAAAAUAUAAUAUAUACCAUAAUUAUAAAUAUUCUCCACCCCCUACCCGCGGGACCAAACGAUCAAUGAAAUUCACCACCCCCGGGAAUUUUCAGCACACAAAUCAGGGGGGGGGGGUGGUAACAGGAAGAAUUGAACCAUGCAUUAAACUGCUAUAGAAUGAUGUAUCUACUGAACAUUGGGCUACCCCACUCUAUAGAGGACAGAUGUUUUCUAUUCCCCAGCCUGGGUGAGGUUGUAAUUUACAUUGUAGUGAAGCAAGUGAUUUUCAGCAAGGAGGCUGCUGCGAGAUUUUGCAUUUCCCGUCACAAGUUUUAGUUGGGAUCCAGAAACAGUGCUGUAUUUGGAUUCUAGAGAAGCCAAGAUGUGGCAAUUGUGGCACUGGAACCCCAUCCCUAGCAUGUCAAUACACAGCUUAAUGUUUUGCUCCCUCUCAAAUUGGGGGCUCGAUCUUCUUGAGAGGCAAGCAAGACCGGAUUUUGAAGGGAGGUGUGGGGAGGAGCACACCUCCCCCGAGAUCGUUUUGCACCUCCCCUGAGGAUUUUUGCACCUUGCCUUGGGAAAGUUUCAUUCAUUUGAUAGAUCAAAGUGAAAAUUUGAUGAUUGCUUAGGGUCUACACUUCGUAAGAAGUUUUUUAGGUAAAAUUGAAACAGUGAUAGUCAUUCAUCUCUGUGUCAAAUACCCUUUUAAUGCAAUGUUUUGAAAUAAACUUUGUAGUAAUUGUAAUGAAGGGCAAGAUUGGAGUCAUACAGUCAUAGUUCAUUAAUACACUAAUACAUAAUGUACACUACAUGCAUACGUCACGUUGUUGACUUUGGCCUGUUCUACAGUAAGCCCGGCUAACUUUCCAUGGGGGUCGUAAGCUAGACCGCUGCACCUCCCCUAAAUUUUCCCCCUACCUCCCCCAGUACUGUAUUUCCACCAAAAUCCGGCCUUGGAGGCAAGAGGCCUGAUAUUCGCAUGAUUUUAUGCGCCCCUUAUAAUAUCCAUAUUUCUGUAUUUUCCCCGAAAAGUCACCAAAUUUUUGUCCAAACCUAAUUUUUGUUUCCAGCUAAUUGGAUUAUACCGUACAUUGACAUUUCAGAAUGUUAAUGGAAAAUAGAUAGAUAGAAAUUUUAUUUAUAUAUGCUGACCCUGUCAACCGAAGCUGAUUUCCACGAGGGGCAUGUGCCAAAAAAUAAAUAAAAAUUUUACAUGUGCUAUUUAAUAAAAAUACUAUAUCUUUUAAAAGAUAUAGAGUAUUAAAAUAGUAACAUAUUAAUGAGUAUUAAAAUGGUAACAUAUUAAUGUCUAAUGAGAAAGUUGGCAGACAAUUUACAGGUACAUCUUUACAAUAAUUAUUACUCAUAAAUGUGAACAGCGAUUUUAUUUCGAAAAGAAGAAAGUGAUUUGCUUUCCCUAAUUUCUUUUGGAAUAAAAUUCCAAAGGUUUGCUCUGAAGGUAUUUUAAUUCCUCGUGCAGGAUAGCCUGAUCCUGCAUGGCUAUUGACCAAUCAAAUUGCGUGUUUCACUUUAGUUAUUAUAUAAAAUAAUUUUCAUGUUAUAGUUUGUUUUCUCACAUGUAUAUGAAAUAGAUUUGUGAGUGAUAGUGCCUUUGUGUAGACAUAUUUGUGUUUACUCCACCUUUGGCAAACCUGACAUUCCCCUAUGGACUAAUACGUCACGGGGUUUGAAAUUAGAUUUUCUUCAAUCCAAAUCUCAAAAUAAAUUAUUUAGUUGCCAUGAACUCAAAACAUCACUAAAUGUGGGACCUAACAAGUGAGAGAGUUCAAUGUUAUUGUAUAUUAUGUUAUCUAAUUUUUCUAGUACAAGGCUUGUAUGAAAUAAGUUUUGCAAUAUUCAGAAAUAUUGGUACAUGCAAUAUUCUAGUACAUGGCAUGCUUCUUAAACUUGCAUGUUGUGUACUGGAAAUAUGAUUUGUAUUCUUCUUUGGACUGUAUUCUAGCAAUUCAUAAUUUUUUUACACUAUCCGCCUCGAUUAGCAUUUGCUAUUUGCGGAUUAAUUGUAUAUUUAUUGUAUAAAUUAUAGAUUUAUAGUGAAUAAUUAAUAAAUUAUUGAUUGAUUGUUAACCCACUGAGCACCAGUGCUCUCCUCUUGACAAGUAAAAUUGUCUGGCAUUGGGACAGAGUCACACAAUAAAGUAGUGCACAUUUGCACACAAUGCAACUCAAUGGGUUAACUACAUACAUAUAACACAUAUGGUUAGAUACAGUAGUCUGAUUAACCAUUGAUUGCUAACUGGUGCUCUCCUCUCGACAAGUAAAAUUGUCUGGCAUUUGGACAGAGUCACACAAUAAAGUAGUGCACAUUUGCACACAAUGCAACUCAAUGGGUUAACUACAUACACAUAACACGUAUGGAUAGAUACAGUAGUCUGAUUAACCAUUGAGUGCCAACUGGUGCUCUCCUCUCGACAAGUAAAAUUGUCUGGCAUUGGGACAGAGUCACACAAUAAAGUAGUGCACAUUUGCACACAAUGCAACUCAAUGGGUUAACUACAUACAUAUAACACAUAUGGUUAUAGAUACAGUAGUCUGAUUAACCAUUGAGUGCCAACUGGUGCUCUCCUCUCGACAAGUAAAAUUGUCUGGCAUUGGGACAGAGUCACAAUAAAGUAGUGCACAUUUGCACACAAUGCAACUCAAUGGGUUAACCACAUACACAUAACACAUAUGGAUAGAUACAGUAGUCUGAUUAACCAUUGAGUGGGACAGAGUCACACAGUAAAGUAUAGUGGAGAUUGGGACACGGUACAAAUCAAUGGGUUAACUAUACCUACAUAUAUGAAUAGAUAGUCGGAUUGACCAUUGACCGCCAGUGCUCUCCUCUUGACAAGGGAAAUCGUCUGGUGUUAGACAGAGUAAAAUAAUAAAGUGAGGUGCAUUAAAGCACUAUGCAACUUAAUGGGUUAAAUGCAAUGUUAUAUAAAUAAAUUUGGUAUAUAUUUGCAUUACGCGCGGGAAAAAUAACCAUUUUUGAGCCGAAAGUGGUUAUUUUUACCGCGCGUAAUACAAAUAUAUACAAGAUUUGCGAACUUGGGCUAUAUUUUCUUCAUUUACAACAUUUAGCAACCAAUCUUUGCAGGUUUUUUUUUUGCAUUGUAAGACGCUCUUUCUAGCUGUGGUGUUGGAUUUCGUUCUUCUUGCCUUGAUCAAAAUUGAGUCUCUAGCUGAAAUCACCUAUUCACAACUUGAGAGUUACUAUUGUUCUAGUAUACAGAAGUUUCCUUCCAAGUGCUUAUGCUUGCGUUGUGAAGGCUUGUCUGUAUACUUAUUGUAAAAGAUAUUCAUUGUUAGGGUGUUAGUCAGAAGAUUAAGAAAUUCGGCAAUUAAGGAAUAUAAUAUUUCUUAAGUGAUGUGUUCCGUGGCCUAGCGCCAGCUGAACUAAAUUGAAACUUUUGAAGUGCAAUUCACAUGAUAUUGUCUUGGUGACUAAACACCGACAAAUAUAUAUUUUAUCUUAUAUUACAUCGUCGCAACACUUAUCUGGUACCCAAUUUUUCUUGAGCAAAGUUUUGAAGUUGAACAAUCUUGAUAUAUAUAUAUAUAUAUAACAGGUUGUGGUGUGUAGACCUCGUCAACGUGUAUUGAAAGCGCUCAAUAGGUAUACUAGAGCUAUGUAGAGUUAAGAGAGACUUCUUAGUUUAAAAACAUUUAAUCGCUACUCCGAGUUUCAUGCUUCUGCUGAUAUACAUAUAUAUAUAUAUAUAUAUAUAUAUAUAUAUAUAUAUAUAUAUAUAUAUAUAUAUAUAUAUAUAUAUAUAUAUAUAUAUAUAUAUAUAUAUAUAUAUAUAUACUGUGAAAUUGCUGGCUAAACGUAAUUGUGAAAACGUAAUUUUUACUGUCACUAACACCCUGAAUUUGUACUCUUUAUUCGUCACAGCUUUGGUGUUCUCAAAAUGGUGAACUCUUGCAACUCAAGAUCCCCCAUUCUUUUGGAUACGCCAGAACGACCGAGUGAGCCGGGUGGAAAUACAACCGUGAUUGAAAUACCAGACAGUGGCGAACGCACUCAUACGAGGAGAAGACGUCUUGAAUCUAUGGAUGAUGUGAUCAUGGCGGGGAGUCCUAAAAGAGCUCGUGUUGAGGUGCCAGUUAUUGAUUUGACUGCAGAUAAUGAAGAGGAGUCUUCUUCAGCCGACAGUAAUUCUGAUAGGUAAGUAAAGCCUCAUUCAAAACUCCGUCUUUGCGCCACCUUGCGUUGACAGUCACGCCACCUUGGUCAGAAACUCAAAUAAUUACGUCAUUUUGUUUUCACUGCGUAUCACUGUAUCCCCGUAUUACUGAAAAAUAAUAACCCAGCCUCUUAUUUAAAAUAUUGAAACACUCGAAUAAUUAAAGUGGAACUCAAGUCCGUUCUGCGCAUCGGUUCUGCUCAUAACAAUGUGAGGACUUCUAAUGUGAACAUUGCCGAUUCGAAUGUUUCGAAUUUUUCUGAACAUAAACUCUUUUUCAUAUUCAUUUAGAAGCAUAGCGAACCUAAAUGGUUUUAGAUAUUCAGACAGUACAUCAUAUUUUAAAAAAUACAGCAGUUCAAAAUGUAAACAAACCGUUUGUUUGCAUUACGGACUUGACUUCCACUUUAAUUACGUCAUUUUUUUCAGUGCGUAUCACCGCUUCGCCGAAACAAUAAACAGUUUGAAAAGUGGCCGGGUAUUCUAUAAUCGCUCCCGCAACUCGUGUUUCUACAGUUUCUACGAUACCUAUAAUCAUGAGUGAAAAUAUUGCGAUAAAAUCGAAAUAUUGCCCAACUCUAUGGAAAAAGAGUGGAAAAAAAGUAUGGAAAAAUCCCAGCUAGACAUAGUAUAUAAUCUUGAACUUGAAAUAUUUCCUUGGUAGGGAUGCAACUACCUGAAAAAUAUAAGGAGAAUUUCGUCGUUUCGAGAGAAAAGUGGAAAUUCUCCAAAUAUUUUUCAGGUAGUUGCAUCCCCACAAAGGAAAGCUUAUUCAUUGUUCAGUGUGCUUUGACAUGUAUGGUAUAGUCUCCCAAACACAUUGGAACAAUAGGAGAGGAGCCUUACUUGGACCUAUAGGAAAACGGUUUAGGAACUGACAGUAUUGUGUGUAUGCAGAACAAGUGAAGAUACUUUAAUUUGCACUAGUUUUGUGUGGUUAACAAUUCUUCACCGAGAUGGAUACAUUAGUAUCGCAAGGUUCCCACGAAAAGCCGGAUCCCGGCUAAUUUUGCUGCCUAUAGCGUAGACAGCAUUACUUCCCACAAUUACUUCAAACGAUAUACCUAGCUGUAGCUACGUAAUGACUAAUGAGUCGAAAUUUAGUGUUAUAACGGUGCAAUAUGUAUACGUCAUAGUACGCUUUCGAGUGCAAUUUGGGAAAAACACGCACGAGUGAGUUUUUCGAUCAAAAUUUGAAGUCUUUAAAAAACGCACGAGUGUAUGUUUUUCCACAUUGCACGAGAAACCAUACUAUUACUUAUUAAUAAUAUACAUGAAAAAAAUUAUGCAGUCACAUCCGGUGUAAGUCACAUGCGAAAUUUUAAUUAGAAAAUCUUCUAACAAACGCCAGCCAUUUUUGUCACUUAUAAAUGUUUGGGUUUUUUGUAUAAUUAUUUUCUGCUAGAAAUGGCUGUAUCUCAUCGAAAAAAAUUGCACUGCUCUUAGCCAAUCAGAAUUGAGAAAAUUUUUCAUGUUUAUUAUUUGUCUCGAAACAACUCUUCAAAAUGGCUGGAAAUACCGAGGUCCAAGGGUGCUUUCCCAUUAACACGGCCAGACCGGUCAGAACGGUCAAAUUGUUGAAUAGAACACAAAACAUUUGGGCGUUGGACCUACCCACAAUUAUAGAUUGCGCACGUUCUCGCGCUCUUUACCACUUCACACAAGAGAAAUACAUGAAAAGACAGAGACGAUAUUAGGGAUAUUUACUUUAGUUGUUUACCUUUGACACUCCUAAGUAAAUUUGCGAGACUCAGACUCUUAUGCAUAGUUGGUUUAUGUCUGCACGUCGCAAUGUUGGACGCAAAUGGUAACAAAUUCUUCUACUUAAUAAAAAGACUUUAAAUAUAUUUUCGCAGUACUGGUAAACCCGAUCAGACGUAAUGAUAAACUUUACACGCUGUGAGUGAAUUUGAUAUUUGACCCACAAUGUUUUGAAUCAACGCAAGUCCCCUUAAUGUUUGUCAUUUAAUAUUCCAAUCACAAUCUUGUCCCAAUUUUUUAAUCCGGAAAGAAAUUAACUCAUUCCCUAUCACGCUGUGUAGUGUUAUAGAUGAUCCGAUUACUGUUAAGCAUAAUCGAUUGUGGAAAAUUAAUCGGGAGCAGCUCUAAAACAUACACCAGAUCUUUCCAUUGAUACAGACUGCAAGAAUUCGGGUCUGACCGGUCAGGCCAUUACAUGGAAAGUGCCCCAAGUUUCAAAAUAUUUACAGGGAAACGCACUCGGACCCCCUAAUUGGGUGGUACCUUCGGCACUAUGUAGCCGCCUACUCCAAAUUCUACCAUGACAUUAAUAAUCUAUUAUUUAUUUUCAUAGCUUGCUUAUCACACUUGAAAAUUCACCAUAUUAUGCUGAGAUCAUGCGUGGUCAUUACUUAUCAGAUCAUAACAGAUACCGUAUUAGACGUGCUAUAUCACUACGUCAUCGAGCCACGUCACACCACCCCAGACAUCAACUUGAAGAUCGGCAGAGUAAUGUUGGUAGUUUGAGCUCUAGAACUGACUCAGGAAGAACUAAUCAUCUUUUGAGUAACGUUCGUACUGAGAACUUUGAACCAACUAUCCUUGUUGAUGAUGUAAGUAAUGAUUAGUAUAGGUACUAGUAUAUGGUUUCGAGUGCAAUUUGGGAAAAUCAUGCACGAGUGAGUUUUUCAAAGACGAUCGUAAUUGCAGAGUCCGAAGGACGAGUGCAAUUUGAAGUCUUUGAAAACUCACGAGUGCAUGGUUUCCAAGUUCCACGAGAAACCGUACUAUUACUUAUUAAUAAUAUACUUGAAAAAAUAAUGCAGUCAUGUCCAUGCGUAGGUCACAUGCAAAAUAGAUGAUUUUAAUAUAAACAAUUUUAUUAGAAAAUUUUGUCUCUUGUAAUGUUUGGGUUUUUUGUAUUAUUUUCACUUUUUGCAUUGUAUCUCGUUUUCUUGCACUCUAUUUCACUUUUUUGCACUGUAUUUCACUUUUUUGCACUGUUUUCGACACUAUAUUUCGAACAAUUUGCACUGCUCUUAGCCAACCAGAAUGGACCUAUUCCCUAAUGAACAAAAUUUUGAUCUAGACAAGUCUAGACAAACAUUUCAUCACAGCUUGAAAGAGCAUCACAAAAUUAGUAUUAUUCCGAAGGUUUGUUGCAAAAUAUUGUAAAAUGCGGAUAAUAUAGCCUUGCGAAGUUUGCCGUUUUUCAGUCAUUUUGUAUUACGUACGGGAAAUUGAUACCGCGCUCUCUGAUCAUCUGAUUAUCAAUUUCCCGUGCGUAAUACAAAAUGACUGGAAAACGGCAAACUUCGCAGGGCUAUAUUCGCAUUUUACAACAUUUCGCGACGAAACCUCGCAAUAUUACUAAUUUUGUGAUGUUCUUUCAAGCUGUGAUGCUCUUUCGAGCUGUGAUUUUUUGUCUAGACUUGUCUAGAUCAAAAUUUUGUUCAUCAGGGAAUAGGUCCAUUGAGAAAUGUUUUCAUGUAUAGGAUUAUACCUGGAAUUGAAGGUUUUUUUCUAGAUGGAAAUUUGCAGCGGAAGAUUAUAUACAAUUUUAUACCUAACCAGGAAGAGUUGUGAAAAAUGCAACUAUAGACCCUCUGGUAGGAAUUGAACCUGCGGCUCUGUGAUUCCUAUGCAGCACUCUAACCAACUGAGCUACAGAAUAAACUUAUCAUAAUAUGCUCUAGUUGAUUGAUAGUUCAUGUAUAAAUACUUAAGUGAUCUAUGGGGAAAUGUCAGGAUAUGGACAACUAAUUGUGAAAGAGAUUUGUGGGUAGAUGUUUAAUGUGAAGGAAAUCCUAAAAGCCCCCAAAACAACAGAAGGUGACUCUGGAAUACGGAAGAACAUAUUAAAAGUACAAUUUAAGCAUUAUUUUGAUGCAAAUAGAUCAAAGUAAAGCAAAGGAAAAAGCGCGCGAAAAUUUUCGACUGAUGUUAAGCCGGUUUUCCAUUAGGCGGAAUUUUGCGCGCGGAGCGGAAUUUUUCUUUGCCUUUUCUAAUUAGUUCCACCCGAGAAAUCACAAGACAGAAAAAUUCCUCUCCGUACCGAAAAUUUCGGCUAGUGGAAAACGACCUUAAAGGAAUGAGUGCACAGCGACAUGGCCAUUUUUCUGUGGAAUUUCUGGUCGUGAUUCAUAUACAUACAUAACAUACAUACAUGACUUUUAUUUCAUCACGCUAGCCUCUCUCAACUUUUUUAAAAAUAUAAACUAAGCUGGUUUACAAAAGGGGCGUCGUUGCUGGUAAUUCCAAAUACUUAAUUACUACUACUACAGUACAUCUACAACUACUAUGCAUUAGGUUAUCUAAAAGAUUAGUUAAAUUUAACACUGUAAAAGGAAAUUGAAGAAGUUCAAGAACAGAAAGUACGUGAAUUAUAUACGGAAGCAUCUGCAUGUACAUGUCUAUUUAACCACAACAGUAUAUUCAAUUCUAGGCGGUUUCAGUGAACGGCAGAUCGGCAAUACAAUGUCUGAACUCAACAUGCUCACAGUUUCUCAUCUCUGUCCUUCGUGUUUCAUUAUGGAGCUUCGUGUUUCAUUAAGCAUUUUUACAAAGGUUGAAACAAUCACUAUCCUGUGCCCUGUGGGCGGUGUAUCGCACCUGAAUGUCGAAAUGACAUUCUAAAACAUCGAAAUCUCAAAGAUCCCUGAGAGAUCAUGUGUCCACUACCCCUCGGUUUGUGUCCUUCGCCAGAGCUUUAGCCAGGAAUCACAUUCACUGAAAGCCCUGUAUGCGCAAUGAAAAGUUGAAUCUUUCUAAAUAAUAUAUAAAUAUUACUGAUUUACAUCAAUAAAUACACAUUAAAUCAUACACAACACUAUUUGCUGUUCUCUUGUACAUUUACAAUACAUACUGUAUCAGUAACGCUUAAAGCGGUUUAAACCUUUCCUCUAUUUAUGUUCAUAUGAAAAAAAAUGAUUAACUGAAAUGCACGCCUACUCUUUUCAUAAUUAUUACAAACACGCGUAAAAAUAUCACAAUUUGUCAACAAGAUGUGUUCGCUUGUUAUCACUUGUUGACAAGCUUGCGAUAAGUUGGUGAGGCGAACAAACUCGCAAAAAGUCUGAUAUCGUCUGCACGUAACAAGUUGUUUCACAAAGUGAUGACAACAAGCUCGUAGCAACUUUUUAUACGGACUGCCUGUAUUAAUCUAACAACUUAUUAACAUUGCGAUAUUAUUGUCUUGUUGGAACAACUUGUAGCAAGUUUGUUGCCGUCACCAACCUUGUAACAAGGUGAUAACAAAUUGUUCCAGACUUGUGACAACAACUGGGACUUCAUGACUCACAACAACUUCUCACCACGUGAACACAUCCUGAUGCUUGAGAGCCACCUUGUUACAACUUGCUUCCUGAUCUGUAACGACUAGCGCGUUUUUCGUGUGUGCCUGUAGAACUAACUGUUUUCUUUUCAUAGGAUGAUUCUGCUACUGGCCAUUCAAGUCUUCUUGAUCGAGCGAGUGGAUUUUCUCGUCCUAGCUGUAGUCGUGUUAGUCCACCAAGAAUAUCAAUGACUGACAGUACUAGACCAACAUUAUCUCCUUCAGCUAGGAGUGAACGAAGUCGUCUUCCCAUACACGCCAGUCUACAUGCACAGGUUUGUUUAUUCAGUUUCUUACUCGUUGCUCAACGCAUUUCCCAACAGGCUAUUGCCCUGCUUUCACCUUUUGACUAAAAUUAGAUCUCAACAAGUCUAGACAAAAAUGAAUACAAUAAUUGAGGAGAAAGUGCUACCUUCACGCUGACAUCAGUGAAUGCAUGGUUAGACUUUCGCGUCUUCUCAGAUAAGGACGUUAAAAUCGUAGGUACUUCGGAUUCCCUAUCAAUGGACCUUUUGACUAAAAUUUAGAUCUCAACAAGUCUAGACAAAAAUUUCAUCACAGCUUGAAAGAGCAUCACAAAAUUAGUAAUAUUCCAAAGUUUCGUUGCGAAAUGUUGUAAAAUGCAGAUAAUAUAGCCUUGCGAAGUUUGUAAUUUUCAGUCAUAUUUUGUUACGCGCGGGAAAUACAUACCCUUUUUCCGAAGGAGGUAUGUAUUUCCCGCGCGUAAUACAAUAAGACUGAAAAUUGCAAACUUCGCAAGGCUAUAUUAUCCGCAUUUUACAACAUUUCACAAAGAAACUUUGGAAUAUUACUAAUUUUGUGAUGCUCUUUCAAGCUGUGAUGAAAUUUUUGUCUAGACUUGUUGAGAUCUAAAUUUUAGUCAAAAGGUGAAAGGUCCAUUGAUAGGGAAUCCGAAGUACCUACGAUUUCAACGUCCUUUUCUGAGAAGACGCGAAAGUCUAACCAUGCAUUCGCUGAUGUCAGCGUGAAGGUAGCACUUUCUCCUCAAUUAUUUUAAGACCUUGAGUGGAGGUCCGAUCAAUGAUGGACCCGCAUUAUCUGUGUGAGACUUUUCACAAUUUGAACACAUUAAAUUAUUUUAAUUCAAGAGGUUCUUCAACUAGGCCUUUUACGCAAGCCUAUAGGACAGAAUAUUAGUUGAAGGGUAUUGUAGAGGGAAAUUAUCAAAUGGAAAUGUAUAUACAUGCAUUUUUUAGACCUAGCUAAGAACUGCUGGAUGCAACUUUAGGUCCCUGUAGCAUGACAGGAAUCGAACCUGUGAUUCCUGCUGGGGACCUAAUAUGUUGCAUUUUUCAUUUCUGUUCCUGGUUAGGUCUAGUAAAUGUAUACACAUUUCGGUUGUUUACCAUUUACAUGGAAAACCCAUCCGGUUUGAAAUUGUGCUAAUGGUAAGCAAAAUUUCGGAUAGAAAAUCCCAUUCGGAUUAUGCGCUUUCCAUUUAGAGUGACUGACCGGAAGGCACUGAAGGGUUGUUUACCAUUUACAUGGAAAACCCAUUCGGUCUGAGUUAAAUCGCGAAGAGCCUGGAACUGGUGAAAAAAUAAAAAAGAUGUAAAUGGAACAAAAUGUACCGGUUGAAACGUUCCAAUCGGUAAGAGAGGACAACGUUUUCAAACAAACCGUUUAUUCCGGAAAAAUUCCGGUUGGGCCGUCGAAAUAUGCUUGUUCCAUUUACUUUCCGUAUGGAAUCACCGGAAUUUCCAAGUAAAUGGUAAACAACCUUCAACUCGAUAAUUUCCAUCUACAAUACCCUUCAACUAUUAAUCAAUCGAGUGAGAUGAACAAAAUCUUGAUACUAGCACAGAAUGUAAGUUUCAAAUUCAUUUCAGGAGUCUCAUGAGGGUGAGAGUGAAAGACGCAGCAGUCGUCGCGAUAUCAGUCAGCAGCUUCGCGCUGUUCAACGAAAUCCACGACGUAUUCAUUCAAGGCAGUUGAGAGAACGCCAUGAACACAUAUCUCCUUUUCCUCAUUUCACAAGCAGUUCUCAUGAAAACUUUGGAAGAACUGUUCAGGUAUGCUUUUAAUAAGACCGAUUGACACUAUCAAGUUGUUAGGCAAAAGUUGAGUAUGAACAUAAACAUUUUGAGAGUUUAACAAGAGAGACUAGCGUACAAGUGGACUCGCACCGUAACGCAUUGUAACUUCCCUCGUAUUGUAAGGCGUGAAACGAGUGAGAACCAUAGAUAUCUUAUAUGCACUAGAUAGUGCAUCUAAUUAUUCUGCAAUUCAAAAAUUGAAGCCGUGAUUGCAGUCUCAGGUCGUUCCCAUGAAAUGAGAAGAUUCGUAUGUUUUCUAUUUCUUAAACAGGGAACUUAAACAUUAAGUUAACCCUAUUCCAGAUACAUUUUUAAACUAUUCAAAUGAUGAAAGUUAUUGUUGUUUUUAAGCGUUUAUUAGCAAGUGGGAACGACCAACAUGGCCGCCGUCUAUUCAAAUGGGGGUAACAGCUGGAAUAUUCUUGGCUUCAAUUUUACUAAAAGAAAUGCACUAUCUAGUGUAUAUAAGAUAUCUAUGGUGAGAACGCGUGAGCGAAUGAAAAAAUCCGAACUUGAUACGAGUCGACUUGAUUAGCGCAACUGGAUGGCUUGCUAAACGAAAUGUACUUAGUGUAUUAUCUGUGUAAAUCAAACACACAGCUCGUCUUCGACAACGUAUAGGCCUUUCCACAUAAUAAAUUGGUGUUAUUGGGAGGUUCUGAAAUAUCCGAAAGUGCGCAAUUUUCGCACAUAUACUGUAGUCUUCAGGAAACCAAUUAAUUCCCGUCUGUUCGUUGUCUUAUAAUUUCUCUUGAAAUCAUGCUUUUACUUAUUUUCUGCUUGUUUUGCUCUUCUCUUACUUUUCCGGAUAGUUGUCAUUUUGUAAUCUGUGAAAACCUUACACGUCCAUAUAUUGCCAAAUUUUCUCGAAACCCUAUGCUAAUUAUUAUAUCACCAUACAUGUACUUUGUGAAACAAUGUUUAAUGUAGUGAAUAUUUUAUCUUUAGCCGCCAGCGAAUCAAGAAAUUGGUACACUUCCUGGUCAUGUAUAUACUAGGCCCAUUCCAAAUAUUGAAAGCAAUCCUGGCCGUUUGGUAAGUGCCUUGUAACACAUUCUCAGGCAUUGAUGAUAAUUUUGAAAUCGCAAAACCCUUCUUACAAACGAGCAAGCUUCCCGUGACAAUUUGACUUCCUCGAGUCCACAAUCAACAUAUUUGCACUGACAAUUAAGACCAAUCCAAGCUCAGAUAGCUUUGUUUUAGAACCAGUUACACUUGUUAAUAAGUCUGCCCUAUAAUGGCCCUGUCACGCUAUUGCGUAUCGUACUAGCGUAUGCCCCAGCGUAUGAAAAAUAUCACUCAUACGUUGGAAAACGCUGACAUACGCUAGAGGUACGUUAGGCAUAGGUCGUCCGUCGUAUACGUUUCAAGCACGGUCGCAUACGGCGAGGCAGAAACUUUUUUUAAGCAUGCUUAAAAAAUUUUGUGCGUAUUCGAACGUAUGGUUUAUACGAUAAGCAUACUCUAAGCACACGCUGAAUACGCCAAGGGUACGCCAGAUGUACGGUACUCGUACGCUGGCAUUUCAAAGGAUUUUUGUGCGUAUGAAAAUUAUUUCAUUAAUUUUCAUACGUUUCUCUCAUACGCAAUAGUGUGACAGAGCCUUAAAUCGUAAAUUUUCGUCUCUCACCUUAAUCAUCCUAUUUGGUUUGUUUGUACGACAAAAAACUGACAAACUUUCUUGACAAGUCUCUUUAUUUGAUAUCCAGUAAAAAUGAGAAAAUCCGAACAAGUUGAGUAAUUGAACCUACUUCAACAGCACAGCUACUGUAGCUUUUACACAAGCAACUUGUCAAUUUUUUGUUACCCACGAUGAAAUGAAACUGGUGAGAAAAAUUACACGUCUGUUGGGACCGGUUGUAUAAAACCCUUUACUACUUUUUAACCACUAUUCUCUAGUUAACAAAUAAUUGAAAAGUUUAACUCCAUUCAAAAGUUUCUUAUGAAAUAAUUAACUGAAUAAAAACACAGCAUUAUUAUAGAGCUUUUGCACUCAUUCCCCAGGGACCAACUCAACAAAAGCCAUGGCGGCCAUGUUGGUGUUCCAGACAAAAGAGUCUAAUUAAAAUUCUUUUGAAUUGGAACACCAGCAUUGCGCGGCUGUGACGUCAUGUUCAAACGCUCUAGAUAUUAGUUUUGUGUAUGAUUUAGAGUGUAUUUGUUGAGGUAAUUGGUAUUAUAGUAUAGAAUGAUUUUUAAACUUGAAAGCAGCCUUUACUCUCAUAAUAACUGUAGGUAUCUAACACUACCUUUUAUUGCAACAACGGCCCCUGAUCUUUAAAUAUUCUUUCAAUUUUCUAUAGAAUGUCCGAACGUCGCCGCCGAUGGAAAGGGAAUUAGGGCCGUUUUCAGAUAUACCUGUUCCUCUUAUGCUGCCAGCUUUGCUGUAAGUUUCUGAUGUUUUAAACAUAGAAAACUGAAGUUUAUGUGUGCUAAGAUAGUAUAAUAUAUAUAUGUAUAUAUACCCAUAUAUUUCCACCGUGGUCAGGCAAACUUUUCAGCUUAGCCUGUAUGGAUCCACACUCAGAGUAACAUCACACAAAUAUCAUAUUCAUCUGAGUACCAACACACACAAAAAGUAUAGAUACUGUAGAUUUAUCAAAAACUAAGUCACAUCGCAGUAAAAAUUGAAUUGCGCGGCUGUUACAUGAUGUAAAUUCAUUACCUUAAAUUACUUUAAAUUAUUUAAUUGACAAAAGUUAAUUAUUUACAAUAAACUUUGAAACUUCUGCGAACAAUAUUACCAUUAAGAUAAAACAAAAUCAAAAUAACGGCCAGUCAAUUUGUAAGAGUUUUCUUGCUAUUAAACUUCCUGUGUUGUGUGAAUCUUGCCAAGACAAUUUCGCCAAGCAUGUUUCCUCGAAGAUUAAGCGGAGUUGACCGGCCCAAAAUCGCGUUCGACUGGUCAAAGUGGAACCGAACUGUCGCCGUCACAGGCGUAUCAUGAAACGUUAUUUUCAGCCCUGUUGUUAAUUACACUGGCCGUAGCCACAUACUGUAAUUUGCCCUUGCUGAAAAUGCAAAGAAUUUUUCGGGGGGUUUUCUUUUUGGUUGUCGCAAGUGUGACUUUCCAUUGCGGCAUCGUGGGAUCAGGAUUGCGCAAUUUAGCUAAAACAUGCUCACGAUGAUUAAGGACCAAUUCUACACAAUGCUAUUCAGAACGAAUUUCGUAUUUAACUACGUUACAAAUCUUAGACGCUGUAAUUGUGGGACGUAUUAUAUUAUAUUUCAUUGCGCAUGCGUUUGAACUUUUCUCUGUUUUUCGAUAUGAUAUCGCUGAACUCUAUUGGUUUUGUAUGGAUUUUUAUUGUGCCGUCCUCUGAAUGUUUGUGAUCAUGAAGUGACGGCCGUCAAGAAGUGAAGAACAUCUACAUGUUUCAAAUUAUUUUUUGGAAUAUUGUGAUGGUAUUUUACCAACCGCGAGGCCAGUGUGAACGCCUGAGCAGGCGUCUUGUUUAUUUCUAAUGCCCCUUCUAAUUUGACUAAAUUCUGUUGUAUAGGUCUUGGUGGGGUCCUGAUUCACGAUUACGUCAUUUUGGUGACGAUGAGGACCGAGAGGAUUAUGAGGUUUGUACUGAAUGCCUUGUUUCCUUCUUGUGCAUUAGGCUCCGUUUACAUGAGAUCGGGACCAAGUCAAACCCGAAUGAAAAUUGUCAACAUGUUUACAUGAGACCGGUACGAAAAUCACAAAAUUUUCAAGUUAUUCCCCUUGCGAGGCAAUUGUCUUUUUAGAUGGCUUUUGUUAGUAUGUGUUGUUCCAAUGCCAAGGUUACAGCCGAGACUGAUCUGAUUUGUAGUUGUGUUUACAUUCAUCCCGGUCUGAAUUCAUGCCGGUCUGAAGUCAGUCGGCUCGAUCCAGCAGGCGGAAUGCCUUGAGACCGGUCUGAGUUAUUUUCGUCCCGGUCUCAUGUAAACGGGGCCUAAGAGACUUGAAUAUAGCCGACCGAAAAAAAAAACAGUUAAAAAUUUGCAUUUGGACUGGGGCGAGUACGGAUAUCAUCUCCCGCGCGCGGAAACUUUAGCUUGUAGGACGGCAACGCGUCGACGACGGCAAACAAACUCGUUGAACUAAAUGAUUCUAAAGAAAACCUGUCGUCUAGUAUCCAUCGUAUAUGAAAUUACACGCAUAAAAACGAACAACCUGUUCCCAGUUUAAGGCCCUGUCACACUAUUGCGUAUCGCACUAGCGUAUGAAAACGUCACUCGUACGCUGGAAAACGCUGACAUACGCUAGGGGUACGUUAGACAUAGGUUGUAUACGUUUCAAGCACGGUCGCAUACGGCGAGGCAGAAAUUUUUUUUUAAGCAUGCUCAAAAAUUUUGGUCGUAUUCGGACGUAUGGUUUAUACGAUAAGCAUACUCUAUAGGCACACGCUGAAUACGCUAGAGGUACGCCAGAUGUACGGUACUCGUACGCUGGCAUUUCCAAGGAUUUUUGUGCGUAUAAAAAUUAUUUCAUUAAUUUUCAUACGCUUCUCGUACGUUUCUCUCAUACGCAAUAGUGUGACAGGGCCUUUAUAUCGACAGACUUGAACAAGUUGUCAACAGUGUUACAGCAUUGUUACCAGGAACGGGUUGUUCGUUUCCGCGCGUGUAAUACAGCUUGAGGAUCGUGGUAAAGACAGUGAUUUAUGAUUGAAAAAAGUUCUAACAACCAAUUGAAGUAGUGAUUGAUCGAUUGUGCAACAAUUGGAAAUUACCGAUUAUUCAUGCCACAAUCUGCCUGAUACCGAUACCAAUUUUAUGAUGACGUCAUAAUACCAGUUGACUGAGUAAAGAUGACGUCAUUUAUGUCGAUUUUUUAACAAUGAUUUACUGCAAUCAAAGUUAAUAAAUGGCACACUUCACGCAUUAAUUUAACAUAUUGCGUUAAAACGCAACGUGUAUCAACGUGCAAUGCAUACAAUUUUAAAAGUGCGUAUUUUCUCAACGAUCUGUUUUAGACAAUCGGAGAUAUGGAUAAAUCUACUGAUUCCGAUUGUCCACCGAUAAGGCAAAAAUCGGCCUGAUGCUGAUACCAAUUAUCGGUCAAUCACUAAAUUUAAGUAGCAAAAGUCGCAUAUAAUGUAGGCGUUGUAUACAACACGUGGUAAUUUGUGAUAUGCUGUUGUAAACACAGCGAGCACGACAUCUCAUUUUCCCGUGAGAUUUUAAUUAUUCAUUUCUUCUCUACAGUGUUAUUAAUUUCAUUGUAUCAAUUGCUGUCGUAGCUGCAUUUCCGUUAUGUUUGCCUAAGGUUGUAAUAACGCUAGGACAUGCAUAGUUUUGUCGUCUUACUAAAAGUGUAAGAUUUGUUUCGCGUCCCCGCACAAGAUUAAGCCUUGCGUAUGUUCGCUUUUAAGAAAGAACCACACGGCUACGGUUGGAAAGGUUUUGUAGUCCUUCCAGUACAAGUUUGGAAUGACAUCUCGCCGAAGUUUACAAAAUCUGAGCACUCGUGCAUUUCAAAACAUUUUCCAAGUCGUCUUUAUGAUCAAAACGUUUAAUUGUCAACUUUCUAGGUCAAAAUUCGAUGAAAGUCUUGAGCGUAGUGGGCACUACGAAAAAGAACUUUCCAAUUCACCAUCGUAGCUUGCAGUGUGGAUGAUAACGGUUAUAACAAUCGCCUGUUUGCCAAAUAAUAACACUAAAUGGCCGAUCAAUCUUAUUCUGCCCGGACAUUUUGACUGAGUAAAUAAAAUAGACACUUUUCAUUUAAAUGAAGGGUAAAGCAUAAGAACAAGACAAGGAACACAAAAUAUUUUCUUGGCUUUGCUGUGACAAGCAACUGUGACAAGCAACAAAAUCACAUCAUAAGUUUAUGGUACUAGACAUGCAGAAUAUUCCCGAAAACACAAUAUGCAAUGGAUCUUUGGGACUGCUUGCCAAAAAUUAAGUAAUGUGAUUGAUCGUGCAUGGGAUAAGUGAUCAGCACGAGCUAUCAAAUUGAUAGCAAUUGAUAGCUUGUCAAUUGAGGCUGGCCUAUCAUUAUUAGCCAAUAUCCGAGCAACUGCACAUUUGAUCGCACAUUUGUCAGACCGAAGCGAAAUUGUUAUAAUCCACACUGGUACCAGCUUGGCUACGGUGAGAUCAUAGAGCAUAGACUUGGAUGAAGUCCGUCUCUGUACGUAGAAUCCGCGAGGCGACGAGAUCGAGCGCGCGAGGUCUCGCGCUCUCCCUCGGACUCUAGAGAGACGGACUUGAUCCAAGUCUACAUAGAGCAGUGAUGUGACUCGACCUAGUUCUCCAGCCUGCUCCCGUCUGUAAAAUGUUAGUGUCGUACCAUAAUAUCGCGGGCUUUUGUUAUUGUUCCUAUCUUACCCAAAAUCAAGAAAUAACGAUAAAACUACCUUACUUGUACAUUUCCAUUUUCCAAUACCAAUCAGAAAAAAGAAGCAAGGAUUCUCAAACCAUGGUUUAAAUAUACGACGGAUUACAAAAAUACUCAAAUUACAAAGAAAUUCUAGAUCUUUUGAACUACCCGAUCCUUCUCGUCCCAUAAAAUGACUGCCAGCAGGAAUUUGAGCCUGCAUUAUCAUGAUGUGAUACAUUCCUUUAAAGCCACUAUCGCUGUCUCAAUCUGCUUGUUCAAAAACGGUUACUGCUGAUCCUGGAUUAAAUUUUCCUGGCCAUGUAUUAACAAUUUUGAUUUUAUUUCAUUUUCAAUCUAGGCCUUAUGGAACUUGACGGAAAGAUUAGGCCAGGUUAAACCCAAGGGACUGUCUAAGGGUGGUAAGUGUAUCUGGUAAUUUCUGGUUACUUCGUGUUGUUCAAUAUAUUGAUACUUUCGCGAGGUCGUUAUAUCGAAAGUGUUUUUCGUAACCGUGCUUUCGAAACAUAUUCAAACCAUUGUCACAAAGUCAAUGUUAUCGUCGGACUUUUAUAUUAAUGUCUAUCACCUUUAUUUUAGAAUUGGAUGAAAUCCCUGCGUUUCGUUAUAGCGCGGCUUCUAAAGAUUCUUCGAAUGGAUCGUGUGUUGUUUGUUUGAUGAAUUAUUCGAAUAAAGAGAAAUUAAGACGAUUGCCAUGCAAUCAUGAUUUCCAUGCUAAAUGUAUAGACAAAUGGCUCAAGGUAAACUUGCUUGUUAAUGUAUGAACCAAUCACUUGCGGUAAUGAGUACAACUGUCAUCCUUCAAUCCCGCUCAAACGAGGCUGAGAGGUUACUUAGAGGGAUAUUUUAAGCGCUAGAUUAACAAAGUGUCCCCUCCUAUGUUCUCAAGUUGUGAACGAUUCUCUGAAUUAUUUUGAUAUAUUUUCAAAAUUCAGUGUUUCAACUUAGGGGCUUCGGUGGCGAAGUGGUUAGCUCACUUGCCUUUCACCUCCGAGGCCGCAGGUCCAAGCCUCAACGAGAACUUUCCCAAUGCGACUCGAACCCAGUCCUCACGCGAAAAGAGUAUAAAGUCAACGCUCUGCCAAAAGUCGUGUGUUUUCUCCGAGUACUCCAGGGUGGGGUUAGGUAAAAAGGGUCCACAGUAAUUGGCAUAUGCUGUUGUGGUGACCCUGCCCUAGUUGGCAAAGCUAAAUAAUUUUUUUUAAAAAUCUCCUUGUGCAAGUCCCAGCAAAAAUUGCUCGUGUAACAUGGCCUUGAGUAGAGGAUUUUGUUACGUAGAUUAUGGAUAAGAUGUUUAAAGGCUCCUUUACACUUGCAAUUUUUGCUGCGAUUUCCAAUGCGAUUUUCUUUUGAAGGAUGUGAACGAGUAAAGAAGUUAUGAAUGCUCUGAGUACAUGUACUCUCAUUUAAACAUUUCUAACUCAUCCACUCGUUCGCAUACAUCAGGAGAUGAAAAUUGCACCUGAAAUUGCAGCUAGAAUUGCAAGUGUAAACGGGACUUAAUAGACCUUUACCCUGAAAAGUGAAAUUUUGAUCUAGACAAGUCUGGACAAAAAUUUCAUCACAGCUUGAAAGAGCAUCACAAAAUUAGUAAUAUUCCGAAGUUUCGUUGCGAAAUGUUGUAAAACGCGGAUAAAAUACCCUUGCGAAGUUUGCCGUUUUUCAGUCAUUUGGUAUUACGAAUGGGAAAUUGAUAAUCAGUUUGAUCGUCUGAUUAUCAAUUUCCCAUUUGUAAUGCAAAAUAACUGAAAAACGGCAAACUUCGCAAGGCUAUCUUAUCCGCAUUUUACAACAUUUCGCAACGAAACUUCGGAAUAUUACUAAUUUUGUGAUGCUCUUUCAAGCUGUGAUGAAGUUUUUGUCCAGACUUGUCUAGAUCAAAAUUUCACUUAAAAGGGGAAAGGUCUAUUAAGAGAUGAACAAUACUUUAUUCUUUUUGUUUAUUCACAUUUGUAGAACAAUCGAUCUUGCCCGGUAUGUCGCAAAGAUGUCAUAACUAAAUAAUGCUGCUGUAUUGAUUUCUGAAUAUAUAGAAAUAAUGAAUAAAAUACUGCUAUACUGUUUCUACACUCCUAUAUGUACAAAUUACAAAUACAGCCAAAAAUAUAAAUACGUUCUGAAAACAAAAAUGUAAAAAUAUCGCUUGAUACUUGGAGGUUGCCUGUGAGUUAUUAUUUUAUAAUCAGUAAAUGGUUCGGGAUCAUAAUUACUGGAUAUACAUUUCACUAGCGGACUAUAAUAUUUGGAAACGCUGCUUGAUGUAUCGAUGCAUAGCAUUGUCACUCCUUUUCAUAUAGUUAACUAGAUAUAGCGACAGUUGCUUUCAUACAUGUAAAUAUUUUGUUGGAGAUUAACAUUAAAAGUAACCGGUAUUAUGA